AUGCCUUCUCGCAGAAGAACUCUCUUAAAGGUCAUCAUUCUCGGUGACAGCGGUGUGGGGAAGACGUCUUUGAUGAACCAAUAUGUGAAUAAGAAGUUUAGUAAUCAGUACAAGGCAACCAUUGGAGCGGAUUUCUUAACCAAAGAAGUGCAAUUUGAAGAUAGGCUUUUCACCUUACAGAUUUGGGAUACAGCUGGCCAGGAAAGAUUCCAAAGCCUAGGAGUUGCUUUCUAUCGUGGUGCUGAUUGCUGUGUUCUUGUAUAUGAUGUUAAUUCAGUGAAGUCGUUUGACAACCUUAAUAACUGGAGGGAAGAGUUUCUCAUUCAAGCAAAUCCUUCCGAUCCAGAGAAUUUUCCCUUUGUCGUUAUAGGAAACAAGAUAGACAUUGAUGGUGGGAACAGUAGAGUGGUUUCUGAAAAGAAGGCUCGGGCAUGGUGUGCAGCAAAAGGAAAUAUCCCGUAUUUUGAGACAUCUGCUAAAGAAGGUAUUAAUGUUGAAGAAGCAUUCCAAACCAUAGCAAAGGAUGCCCUGAAAAGUGGGGAAGAGGAAGAAUUAUAUCUGCCAGACACUAUUGAUGUUGGAAACAGCAAUCAGCCAAGGUCAACCGGAUGCGAGUGCUGA